AUGGCUUCCUCCAUUGAUAUUGCGGAGAUCAGAAAAGCACAACGGGCACAAGGUCCGGCCACCAUUCUUGCCAUCGGCACUGCAACUCCUUCCAACUGUAUCUAUCAAGCAGAUUAUCCGGAUUACUAUUUUCGGAUCACCAACAGCGAACACAUGGUUGAUCUUAAAGAGAAAUUCAAGCGCAUGUGUGACAAGUCCAUGAUAAGAAAGCGAUACAUGCACAUCACGGAGGAGUUUCUGAAAGACAACCCAAACAUGUGCGAGUACAUGGCUCCAUCCCUGGACGCUCGCCAGGAUGUGGUGGUCGUUGAAGUCCCCAAGCUUGGCAAAGAAGCCGCCACAAAAGCCAUCAAAGAAUGGGGCAACGCCAAAUCCAAGAUCACUCAUCUCAUCGUCUGCACCACCUCCGGUGUCGACAUGCCUGGUGCCGACUAUCAGAUCACCAAGCUCCUCGGCCUCCGCCCCUCUGUCAAACGUUUCAUGAUGUACCAACAAGGGUGUUUCGCCGGAGGCACGGUUCUACGUCUCGCCAAGGACAUCGCGGAGAACAACAAGGGUUCUCGCGUYCUUGUGGUUUGCUCUGAGAUUACAGCGGUCACCUUUCGUGGCCCUAACGACACCCACCUUGAUUCCCUCGUGGGUCAAGCUUUGUUUGGUGACGGAGCUGCGGCGGUCAUCGUGGGUGCGGACCCUGACUUGACGACGGAGCGGCCGUUGUUCGAAAUGGUCUCCGCUGCUCAGACCAUCUUGCCGGACUCCGAGGGUGCCAUUGACGGACACUUGAGAGAGGURGGGCUAACGUUUCAUCUUCUCAAAGAUGUUCCAGGGUUGAUCUCGAAGAACAUAGAGAAGGCACUGACACAGGCAUUUUCUCCAUUGGGUAUAACCGACUGGAACUCCAUCUUYUGGAUCGCCCACCCUGGUGGUCCGGCGAUAUUGGACCAGGUGGAGCAAAAACUCGGUCUCAAGGAGGAGAARAUGAGAGCAACCAGACAUGUGCUGAGCGAGUACGGCAACAUGUCCAGUGCCUGCGUGUUGUUCAUCAUUGACGAGAUGAGGAAGAAGUCRGCGGAGGAGGGUGCCACCACCACCGGCGAAGGUCUGGAUUGGGGUGUUUUGUUUGGAUUCGGUCCUGGUUUGACAGUGGAGACGGUGGUCCUUCACAGCCUGCCAACCACCAUGCCAAUUGUCACCCAAAAUUGAUCAUAAGCGUCUUAAUUAUGAUCCCUUAUCAUUGGAUUAAAUAAUGGCGAAUUAGGGUUUUAUAUAUUUAUUUAAUAUGUGUGCUAUUUUACGUUUUACAC